AUGAAUUGUUUAAUUAAUUUUAUGAAUGAAAAUAAUUUAAAUGUUAAUAUAAAUAAUAAUAAGUCACCAUAUAUAUCAUUAACACCAAAUGUAGCAAAAGAAUUGGUUGAUAAAUAUAUGGAUAAUGAUGGAUAUGUUGAUUCAUAUGUGUAUCCUAAUGGUACAAUGUAUAAGCAAAUACCAUCUCAAUAUAAAUAUUAUGUUUAUGUACCUGUUUAUAGAAAUAGAUCAAUUGAAAAUAUUUGUUAUUUAUUUGAUAAAUUUGGAAAUAAGAGACAUUCUUUUAAAUGUAGAACUCACGGUCAACCUAAUUUAAAUCAAUUGACUUCUGAUGGUGAUACUCCAACUGGUUUAUAUACUUUUGAUUUAAAUACACCUGAAGAUAAUCCAGUAGAAUAUGGACCAUAUGAUGUGAAUAGAGCAGUGUAUGGAUUAAAAGGAAAUAGUUUGUUAAUAUAUCCUAAAUAUAGAAGUGGAAUAUUGAUGCAUACAGGUGAAUGGAAUAUUAAACCAAAUGAUCCAAUGCCAAAUUCACAUGGUUGCAUUCAUGCAAUGCCACAUGAUAUUCAAUUAAUUGCAAAUAUUUUAAAAAAUGAAUUGGGUGUUGUUGCAAAUGAAAAUACUUUUGGUAAAUAUCCAUAUCCAUAUCAACAACAAGGUUUAUUAAGUGUUGUUUUAAUUAAAUAA